AUGACGACGACGACGACGACGCGCCCGAGCGACGACGUCACCGCGCGCACGCUGCUCGAGGCGAACGGCAAGCGAUUCGACGUCGCGAUGCCGCGCGGCGUGGCGCUGCAGGCGCUGUUGCUCGCGCGAAGCGACGACUUGAAGUGCGUGGACAUCAUGUGUCAGUGGGUGGGGGACGCGUGCGCGUGCAGGCUCGCGCGCGCGCUCGACAGGCGAGGGGAGGCGCUCAGGGUGCUGGAUGUUUCUGGGAACAGGCUGCGCGCGCUGCCGAGCGCGGUGUGGGCGAUGCGGGCGCUGGAGGUGUUGGACGCGAGCGACAACGCGUUGACGCCGGCGGACGUCCCGUUCGACGAUUUGAUGGACGAGACCAAGGAUGUGGCGCCGAAUCUCAAGGUUUUGAAUUUAAGGGGGAACGUGGCGGUGAUAGAUGGGUUAGAGGGGCGAUUGAGAGAGGUCGUGGACGCCAUGGCGCGUCGCGGCGUGAAGCUCGUGUUGUAG